AGUUCCUCAAUUAUGCAGUAUUUCGGUGAAUCCUCUUUCCACUAGUGUGUGGUAAAAAUUAAUAUGGAUCGUGUCGCGAACCCAACUACCCGUACGUGCAGCUUUCUUCAGUCGUUCAAGCUCUAAGUUAUACUUUACCCUAUAGACGCACACAUUACUGUCCAUUUUCUAUUGAAAAUAAAAAAUAUUAUUUAUAGUUCUGUACAAAAUCAAUUGUCUGUUUAUGAUCACGUACCGAAUCUAUUGGCUUCUUUCCCAUCGUAUAGCUUUAUAAAUUUCAGAUAUCUUAAAUUUUGAAAUCAUUCAACUAGUUGAAUGCGGAUAACUAUUUGGUAAAGAUACCUGGAUUCUGUUCCUUCAAUCACCAUCUGCUUUUUUAUCGCUCGAAGCGUUCGUUUUAGGCUAUUUGACUUACUUCUAAUAUAAAGUUGCUCUAUUUACGUAUUUCUACAAUGGAGCCGCCAAAUAUCCUUUCAAGAAUUCCUUACAAGCAGAGUCCUCUUAACCCUGCAGAGUUUAAUUUGACUCAUUAUUGCAUGUCUUCUCUCUUGUCUAUACCUUGGAACGAUAUUAGUGCAACUGGAUUUGAGUAUUUAGCAAAGAAAUAUCGAUUAGACGUCUUUUCGGACACAUCAAAUUCCAAUGAAGUGGUGCUUAGCCUUGCAGGGAAAAUUAUUCUCAUCGAUGUAAUCAUCCCAACCAAUGGAUCACAUAAAGAUAUAAAGAUUGCUUUGGCUUUUGCUGAUGCCACUGGAGAACAAUAUAAAAAUACUGCUGCAGAGGAUAUUCUUCAGAGUGCUAUUCAUGAAAACAACACAAUCUUAUUAGAACGAAACGUUGCUUUGUUAGCAGCGCUUGACCGCUGCUCGCCAUCUGUUCAGCAGAGCUGUUUUCAGUAUUUGGAGGCUUUAAAAUCUGCAUUUAACUUAAUAUACGCUUCAAGGUUAAGGUCUCAAGCGUCCAGUGAUGAAACUGAAAUAAUAAUGAGUGCAGAGGGAAAACCUUUAAAUGAUAAUAACGGGAAUUUAGGACUUCAGUUGGCUUUUUGGAAAUAUCAAGAUUCUUUAUAUACUGCGAAGAUUUCUAUGAAUGAGCUUCCUUCAAAUUCCUUACCAUCCGCCUUUUAUGGAGCAAACUUAGUGUCUGAGACACCCUUAAAAAUUUCUGGCGAAGUUAACUGGUUACCGGAAACAACCAUGACUCAAAUACCAGCUACGAUGGAGCUUCUUUUUGAAGAUUCUCAUUUUGUGUUUCCAGAAUUUGGCGUACAAUCCUUGCUCAGCUUUCUUCAAAUCACCGACGUAAAUCUAUCUGAAAACUUUAUUCCCUACAAAAAUUUGCUUAAUCUCCCUAACCAAACAACAGCGGGUUAUCCGUCUAUGAAUAAAAGCCAUAUUAUAUAUCUGGGAGGAAUUGACAUCCCUGCUCGCUCAGUUCAUCGUAUUCCUUUCAGUCAUCCUCGGCAGAUUCUCGGUAUUUUCCAACAUGUUCGUCAAUACUUGGCAUUACAAACUAUUUUUGAAAAUGUAAAGCUCACCUCUACAAAAAUAACCGCGACCGCUUCUCUCCGAUUGAACCUGAUUAUGAAACAGUAUCCUAUGAUUCAUAUGCAAUAUCAAGAACUAAAUAAGCUAUCUAACGUGGAUCCAGUCAUUGCCAAUAUUGCGGUACUUCCGAAUGGUAUUAUUCAAUUAAAUUCCAUUACAUACGGUACUACUCCAAUAAACCAGAACGAUACUAUAAAAAUCCAAAAAAUGCUUCAGAAAACUUUAAAUAUUGGCCUUGUGUUGGAGUUUGCAAUACCAAAGUUGUUCAACAACUUACAACAUACAUAACGUUGAAUAAAUAUCUAAAAUUAAAAUAACAUAAGCAAUAACGCUUUUUUAUUUUCUAAGUAGCUAAAAUAAAGCUGCAGAAC